UGGGCAAAUCAAAAAAAGAAAAAUAGAAAUGUUUCGCUCUCUGUCUCUACCCUCCCUUUUAUUCCUUUCCCCCCCCCCUAUUUCUUAUUUCCUCAUAAGUAUCAAUGAGCACAUCCACAAGCACCAUUACACGAUCGACGCCGUUUUAUUUUGGUGGUGUGUCGUCAUGCAUAGCGGCCAUUACGGUCCAUCCACUCGACUUGACCAAAGUACGACUGCAGACAAUGACAGGCAAUGACAAGGUCGGCAUGUUGAAAACCAUGCUGUCCAUUGUUCGGAACGAAGGUCCUUUACGUUUAUACGCUGGUCUGUCGGCCAGUAUAUUUCGACAGGCUACGUAUGCAACCGUGCGACUUGGCGUAUAUGAAAAACUUAAACAGCACAUGCUGACAAAGACUGAGAAACCAAAAGUAUGGCAAUUGCUUUUGUGCUCGACUACUGCUGGUGCUUUAGGUGGGGCAUGCGGUACACCGGGUGAUAUUGUUAAUGUUCGUAUGCAGAACGACGGCCAAUUGCCUUUAGUUCAAAGACGCAAUUACAAAAACGCCGUGGAUGGGCUUCUCCGGAUCAGUCGCGAGGAGGGUGUGUCAUCAUUAUUUCGAGGCCUAGGUCCCAAUGUGAGCCGGGCUAUUCUUGUCACAUCGGCUCAAUGCGUAUCUUACGAUUUGUUUAAGGAUCUUUUGGCUCGACACUCGCCAAUGAAGGAUGGAAUGUCGCUGCAUUUUACCGCUAGCGUACUGGCUGGUCUAGCAGCAACGACAGCAUGCUCACCAGCAGAUGUCGUCAAGACACGCAUCAUGUCGACUAGUGCCAAGGACGGCAAAGUAUCGUCGCUUUCGGUUGUGGCACAAAUGUACAGGACUGAAGGAUUAAGGUCUUUUUUCAAAGGUUGGACACCGGCCUUUAUACGGUUGGGACCACAGACCAUUAUUACCUUUGUUGUCCUAGAGCAGUUGAAAACUUGGUAUCAGUCAUUCCAUCACGAUAGACCGCUAGUUGCUGCAAAGAUUUAAACUACGCUAUUUAUAACAGCAGCAGCAAGCCUACUAUAUACACCAGUAUAAACCCCACUUUUUCCAAUGUUCCUCGUUAUUUACGCUUUACUAUUACUACUUCUACUAUUACUACUGCUAUUUCUGUACAUAGGUCUCUGUCGCCUGAUUAAUACAUGUCUUUUUCC